AUGGCUGCUAUAUAUAAACUGCAUCCUGCGCCUGUUAACAGGGUUUUCAGCAAUCGGUUAAAUUUACCUGAUUUAAAAUUAUCCCCUAAUUCUGUUUCAUUGGAUGUGAUUGCCACCUAUUUUGCAGACUUCCCUCUGAGCUACACAAAUUUCGGAGAGUUAGGUCGACGUAUCCAAAUUCUACAAAACUGGGUAGAGAAUGCCUCGGGCGAUAUUGCAGUUUGGACGGCGAUCGAAAUUUUUGCUUUGUCCCUAUUUCCGUUUCUUCGACAUCCCGUCGAAAAGCAGCCGCUCCUAUCACUUUUACGUCGACAUGUACCGGGUUCGAGAGGUAUCGUUGUUCCUGUCGGCACGUCAUCUUUUCGGUUUGCUUGCCAUUUAGUGGGAUCAAUCCGAAAUGUCUUGAAUUCCCAGAUCCCCAUAGAAAUAGCUUAUGCAGGUGAAUCUGAUUUACCGCUAGCCUAUCGGCAAUUCCUAUCUUCUUUGGCUCCCGAAAUUUAUCUACUGGACGUCACUUCAUAUUUUGACGAUGACAUAGUGGGAUUGUCGAUCGGAACGUGGGCUAUAAAACCGUUCGCAAUCCUAGCUAGUAGGUUUGAGCAGGUCAUCCUCAUGGACUCGGAUUCUAUUUUACUUCAGGAGCCCGAAAAAAUAUUUGAUAGCCAUAACGGUUUCAAAGAGACUGGACUGUUAUUGUUCCAUGAUAGGUUACUCUGGAAAAAUGCGUAUCCGGAGCGACACGCCUGGUGGCAGGAGCAAAUGAAACAUACCUCACCGAGCCUGAAUUUCCGAUCGUCACGGGUUCACAAUGAGAAUUACGCAGAAGAAGGCGAAUCUGGCUUGGUUGUCGUGGACAAAGCCCGAAUUUCUACCCUUAUGGGCGUCCUACACGUAGCAUGGCAAAACACGAAAGAUGUCCGGACCCAAGUAACCUAUCUCAUGGGUUAUGGUGAUAAGGAGUCCUGGUGGCUUGCAUUCGAAUUGUGCGAUGUGCCUUAUACUUUCGAAUCCCAUUAUGCGGCGAUUCUCGGGGAAACCGUGAAAAUUGACGGCGUCACUAGAGUGUGCUCCUUUCAUAUCGCUCAUACCGACGAAAACGAUGCACUUCUAUGGUUUAAUGGAGGCCUGCUGAAAAGUAAGAUGGGAAAUAAUGCUGAAUACUGGUUUCCAGAAGUCUGGAUGCUAGAUGGGGAGUGGGAAAAGAGCCAGGAUAAGUCAACGUGGUCCUGCAUGAAAAAUGGUACUCUUUCCCCCCUUGACGAGAGGACUGUCCGGGUGUUGCAAGGGUCGGUGAAUGAAGCGCGCCGCCUUGAUCCUGCAACGGUGUCUCUACUAAGCCGACCCUAAACCCGGCCAACUCCCGUUGUCUAGCUGCCAACUACCCACAGUCGAUAGCCUCCAAUUUAUAUAGAUAGACUAUAACGGCCAAGCUCUAGAUGCUG